AUGUGCUGUGGAUGUUCUUCAAGUACGGACCUCCAUCUGAACCAGUACCUCUUCGACGGGGACAUCGUCGACAGGGGCGGGCACGCGCUCGAGAUCUUGCUGCUGCUGUUGGCGCUGAAGCGGGAUGACGAGAGCUGCGUGCACAUACUGCGCGGGAACCACGAGGACGACGCGCAGACUUGCAGCACCUACGGGUUCAGGAACGAGAUCCAGAGCAAGUUCGGCCAGGCUGGCGGAGACGCUGCGAUCAUGAAGACGUGCAUCUAUCAGGUCUUCCCGCACCUGCCUCUCGCCGCAGUGGUCAGCGAUGCGCACGGGCAGUUCUCGCUCUGCGUCGUCCACGGCGGUAUCCCUGUCGGUUGUCCAGGCCAGCUGCGGCGCCGCGCCUCUGCGAGGCGAGCUCUCGCAGCUGAACCGUCGCCAGCCCACAGUCCAGCUCAACCACUCGAAAAGACCCGGGCGGGGUAG